UUUGCGAAUUCUUAACUGACAUAACUUUCUUUGACGAAGGGUUUAAUGACACACUUGACUCCACGUGGCUAACGUGAUUGUUACUCAAAGCGAGUACCUAUUAACCUUCAACUAAAUCUGCAAACAUGGGCGUACCAGCUGGUGAUGUUGAAAAGGGCAAGAAACUCUUUGUCCAACGUUGUGCUCAAUGCCACACCGUUGAGGCUGGUGGCAAGCACAAGGUCGGCCCCAACUUGCACGGUUUGAUCGGCCGUAAGACUGGUCAAGCAGCCGGUUUCGCCUACACAGAUGCCAACAAAGCGAAAGGCAUUACCUGGAAUGAGGAUACCCUUUUCGAAUACUUGGAAAAUCCCAAGAAGUACAUCCCUGGUACAAAGAUGAUCUUCGCUGGUCUGAAGAAGCCCAAUGAACGUGCCGAUCUGAUUGCUUACCUGAAAUCAGCUACCAAGUAAACAAAAAAACUUCACCAUCAACAAGUGUUAAAGAAGCUAUCGCAAAAUAAACCACCUCAUCGAUGUAUUAGCUCUUUACAAUUAAUAUGAAUAUAUAUACAUUAAAGAUGUAAUAUUGGGUUUAAGAAGAUGAAGAAAACCGUUGUGGUGGCACUGUAGCUAAAAAGAGCAUCCAUCAUCUGUUUAAGAGCAAAAAUACACUUACUAGUUUUACUAUUCUAAAUAGGACAAUUUAAUUAUUUAAUUUUAUUGUGUAAAAUAAAUAUAACCAAUUUUUUAGUUGGUUUCACAAAGCAGAAGAAAAUAAAAAUGAUUUCAACUCGAAAAACCAAACAAUAAACCAAUAAAAAAAGAAAAAAACCAA